AAUAAAUGGAUUAGACAAAGAAAAAGAUAAAAACAAAUUAAAUUACUUUACUUGCUCCUGAUACAAGAGUAUUUGUUACUCUCAUUAAUCCUUAUGGUGAAGAAGCAUAGAAAUCAUUAGAAUUAUCAGUCAAUACAACUAAAGAAGAAUUACAAUCUAUUUUAUAAUAAUUGGUAAAAACAGAAGAAGAUUAAGUUUAUUCAUUUUUUCAUAACAAUAUAGAAUUAGUGGAUACUUUAAAUUAAUUAAUAGCUUCAGAUCCAGAGUAUAAAUUAGAAAAUACUUUUUCUCUGACAUAUCAUCCUUAAUCCUUAUUUAGAAUUCAACCAAUUACUAGAUAAACAGCAGCACUAGAAGGUCAUGAAUAACCUGUAUUAUGUGUACAAUUUAAAACUCAUGGUGAUAUCUUGGCAACAGGAAGUGGAGAUACUACAAUAAGAUUAUGGGAUAUGUUGACUGAAACUCCGAUAGCCACACUUUAAGGUCAUAAAAAUUGGGUUCUUUGUUUAGCAUGGAGUCCUGAUUGUAAAUACAUAGCCUCUGGUAGUCAUGAUGGUUAAGUUUGCAUUUGGGAUGUUUAAACUAAUUAAUUAAAAGGAUAACCACUGAAAGGACACACUAAAUGGGUUACUAGUAUAGCUUGGUAACCUAUGCAUUUAGAUGAAGAAUGUACAUUAGUAGCUUCAUCUUCAAAAGAUGGAAGUGUUAGAAUCUGGAGUAGAAUUUCCCUAUCUUGCCUUAUUGCGAUAAAUGCACAUCAAAAGGCUAUUACUAAGUAUAUUUCUUACUAAAUUUAGAAUGCUUUGGGGUGGUUAAGGAUAUAUAUAUACUGCAUCUGAAGAUACUACUAUUGGAGUAUGGAAUAAAUCAGGAAAAAGAUUAUAAGAAUUAAAAGGACAUGGACAUUGGGUUAAUUCUAUAGCUUUACACUCUGAUUAUACAAUAAGAUGUGCUUGCUUUAGUGAAGGGAAUACCGAUAUUAAUACUAAACAAGCUAAAGUUCUUUAUGAUAAAAUUUUAAAUGGGAAAAAUGAAAGACUUGUUAGUGCUAGUGAUGAUUAAACUUUAAUGUUAUGGGAAUAUACAUCAUCAAAACCAAAAGUUAGAAUGACUGGACAUUAAUAAUAAGUUAAUCAUGUUUAAUUUUCACCAGAUGGAAGAUAUAUUGUUUCUGCUAGUUUUGAUAAGAGUUUGAGACUUUGGGAUGGAUAUAAUGGAAGUUGGAUUGCUACUUUGAGAGGACAUGUUGGAUCAGUUUAUUAAGUUUCAUGGUCUAGUGAUUCUCGAUAUAUGUUAUCAGCCUCCAAAGAUUCUACUUUGAAAUUAUGGUCUUUAUAAAAAAAGAAAUUGGCUUUUGAUUUACCAGGACAUGCAGAUGAAGUUUAUGCUGUUGAUUGGGCUCCUAUUGGUGGUGAGAAAGCAGGAAGUGGAGGUAAGGAUAGAAGAGUUAAAAUAUGGAGACAUUGAACUUCUUUUCUUUUGUUAAUAUUAUAUUAAAG